UCUUUUUUACGGAAGCCGGCAGGUUCGGAGCAUAUCUAGGGUGCCUCACGCACACGUUGCAUUGCUUUUAUGUUUUGUUUCUAUUUUAUGCGGAUAGCUUGGUAGUGACAUAUCUAACGCACAAUGGAACUAAUUAUUCAGGAGCCUUUCCUGUUAGUGGCUGUAAUUAUGAUGCGGUCGCUUCUUAUAUCAAGAUAGCUUGCAAGCGAAGAGUGCGUGUAGCGCGCCGCCUGUCAAAACAGUGUUGGUUAAUUACAUCAGACUGCGCAUGUAUUACGCUUGUGUUUGUAAUGCUGAUGUCCUCACUUUGCAUCAGAGCUUCUUUCUGAUCUGGUCAAUCAGCUGUUUGCUUUUAUUGAGACAAUAACGUUCUUAUCGGCGGUGUGUACUUCUUGAAACCUCCCACCUACUGUUAUCUUGCUGACUCACGUGACGGUCGGGCAUUUCAUGAACUUAGAACUUGUGCGGCUGGACUUAACCCGAGUCUCUGUUUCGAUUUAAUGAAUUUUAGCUGCUAACGUUACCGUUUGACUGGGCUAGCUAGCCAGGUAGGUCUUUCUACAGCUACAGCUGAUCCGGCGUCAUGGCAUCGUGCUAAUUGGCUACCUACAGUAACAUUGGGUCAUCUAGUUUAGUAUCUAGCUUUGCUCAUUUGAAUUUGUUCUUUUGAGCAGCAGAUCCACCGUAUUUCCUUUGAAAAAUUUAUACCAAAUGCUGUAUUUGACAGAAAUAUAUUUUCUGUCUGCUUUGCAACACGUGCGAUAAGCGCUAGCUACAACUGUCAAGAAAAACUACAGUGGGCCAACUAAGUGCUAACCGGCGUUAGCCACGGAUGUUGCUUUGGAUUGCGCCAGCAGAGGAAAAGUAGCUAGAAACAUGAUUGCCCGGCCCGGUAAGGAGUUCCUUGUCCGGAUAUCUGGCUACUGGAAGCCGUUGUUCAAAGGCAGGUUUCUUAUAGUAACGAACACGGUUACCUGUGGAGGUAUGCUGGCUGCCGGCGAUUUAAUCCAGCAAACCCGCGAGAAACGAAGGAUUCCGGAGAAAACGCACGACUGGUUCCGGACAGGUCGCAUGUUCGCUGUCGGCUGUUCCAUGGGUCCCGUCAUGCACUACUGGUACCUGUGGUUGGACAACCUUUUCGUUGGCCACGGUUUGAAGGUCGUGGGCAAGAAAGUUAUGCUUGACCAGCUCAUUGCGUCACCCGUCAUGGGGGCCUGGUAUUUCUUAGGUAUGGGUGUGAUGGAAGGCCACACCCUCUCUGAGGGACUGGAGGAGUUCAAAGGAAAGUUCUGGGAGUUUUACAAGGCUGACUGGUGUGUGUGGCCUGCAGCCCAGAUGAUCAACUUCUACUUCCUGCCGUCCAAGUUCCGUGUGCUGUAUGUGAAUACCAUCACCUUGGGCUGGGACACCUACCUCUCCUACCUCAAACACCGCGACACCGUUCUGAAGGACGCGCCGGAGAUUGCCGUAGCCGAAGAGCCUGUGCCGACAGCCACCCCGGUGGAAGAGAAGCUCUGAUCGUUAUUACCCAGCCGUUUGAAGUCCCCCUUAACAGCAUCUUUUAAUGGUUUUAUUUUUUCCAUUUGUUUCCCACCUCCGCUCUCACUGCUGCCUGAUUUCUGACAUUCCUGUUGCUCUCAUCAACUCUGUUUCAAAAUGAGUUUUAUAUGGUGGUUUUUUUUUUCCUACUGUAAUUUUUAGAGCUGGGUUACUCUGAACGUUUUAUGAUUGGGUAGAGGACGUCGUUUUUUAAUCAUGCGAAGCUGCAGCCACUGCCAGACCUUUCAUUCACUCCCGUUUUAAAAACAUGUAUGUGCAUCAGUAUUUAUGUAUAUAUAUUAAUAUGUGUAUAUACGCACACUUACAUAGGCACGCACAACAAUAAAUUAUUUGAAUUAGU